UUUUAAUUUUUUUUUUUUUUUCUUCACUGGGUUGAAAAAAGGGAAGAGAAAAUUUUAAAUCAAUGGGAUGCUUUCUUUUUUUCUUCUUUUAACUUAAACACACUUAUACUUAAAAUAUAUAUAUACUCAUUUCUACUAUUAUAUAUAUAAAUAUAUAUACGUUAUACAUAUAUACAUACAUACUUUUAGAUAGAACACUUCAUUUUAUAGUGUGAUUUUUUCCAUUAUGAACUUCAAUUCAUUUGAUCUCGAUAGCAACAAAGAAGCAAUGGGACAACAAGGGUACAACAAUGAAACUAAUGAUAAUUUUGAUCAAGACAAUUCCGACUUUUUUGCAUUCAUUGAUCCAACCAACUUUCAUUCAACAACAGGCACAGACGUCCAACCACAUUCGUCUUCCAUGGAAUCACAUGCCAAUCAAGAUCCUCAAUCUUCGUCCUAUGGCUUACCAAAGAGCUCAGCAAGCAAUACCCAAACUAGUAUUGGCAAUCAUCAUUACAAUAUAAUGUCACCCAUGCAUAUCAAUGUCCAUGAGUAUCAAACACCUUUACAACAACCAACAUCUACUGAUUAUAAUGAGGAUGAAGAAUUCUUUACCCCGUUGAUCUCACCUGCUAUUCCUCCUAAUUACUACACCAAUCUUCGUAGCGACACCAACUUCUCUCCAUUAACAUCACCAGCUUUGGGCCCUCAACAACAUGUAUCUCAACAUCAACAAGUCAAUAAUUACUAUGCAAACUCAAUCAUGAAUACUCAUUCAAUACAAGAUGGACAAUCUUCUGAAGAAUUAGAGGAACGACUGGCUAUGAUUGAACGACAACAACAACAACUUCGAUCUCAUAUGCAGCACACAUCAGGACCAUCAUCAUCGUCAUCAUCUACUUCACCUUCACCAACGACAGUGACAACAUCACAAUCAUCAUCAUCACCAACUAUCCACCAUCAUCCUUAUAGCAACACAUCUAGUACGAACUCCACUUCCUCCAUCAGCAAACCCAAACAAUCUUUACGUCACAAGAUUGCCAUGUCCAGUCCUCAGUUCAAUCCCACCACUCAUCUUCGAUCUCCUGGCAUGCAUCCAGUACAGAGCAACCAAAGCAGUUAUCAUACUUUCCAUCAGACAACCGCAUCAGGAUCUGUCCCAGGUUAUCACAAUUCUCAAAAUUUGGCACCAGCAACUCCUUCAUUAUUAAUGAAAUUAGGCAAUGGGAUGCACAAUGACAACAAUACUAGUCCAGGGAUGGUAUCUCCUCAUGAAUCUAUUGUGGAUAAUAUGAUGGUUCUUCCUGACGCCAUGCUUCCUCCUUCUGUGGAACCUGCAACAUCAAAGAAGAAAACUGUUAAGAAAACAACAACUAUACAAGCAUCAUCAACCUCAACGAAAAAACGACGUAUCUCAUAUCCACGUUCAGCAUUUACUCCACCAGCAUUAUUACCUAGCACAUCAUCACAUCAUCGACAUUCUAGUGGUUUUGAUCAAGGAAUUGCAGCAUUAGUUUCACCAGCCGCUCUUCGUCCUCAUACACCAGGAGUUAUGUCAUCUCCAUCAUCAUCAUCGAUCAUUUCUCCCAAUAAUACGACAUCUUCCCCACGAGCAUUGAAGCCAUUGAUCUCACCCUCUUUACAACCCAAUGGACAACGAUUAUCCACCAUUGAUGAACACGAAGCGGCAACGAUUCUGGCAUCCAAAAGCAAUUACCAAACGUUACGUGAAGGUAAAGCCAAGAGUCUUGGAAUAGACUUCAACACCAACAUUCAGUCAGGGAUGGAAAACAGGCGGUCAGCACACAAGGCAGCGGAACAACGACGACGAGAUACAUUAAAACAAAACUUUGAUGCUUUACGGGCAGAACUUUUGGAAGCAUUAUUAGCCGAAGAUGAAUUACAACGCAUGGAAAAUGAUGAAAAGGAAGAAGAAGAGGAUGUGAAAACUGCACGACUGGAAAGGGAAAAACGGGUCAAACAGAUGAGCAAGGUGGUACUUUUACAACACUCCUAUGAAUACAUGCUACGAUUGAAAAAUGACAAUCAACAAAAGGAUACAAAAUUGGCCAAGAUGACAUUGGAAAUCCAAUCUUUAAGGAUGCAACUUGGUAUGCCCCCCGUCACUGAUGAAGAACGACAAGCCGAAGCAGAAGAAAAACGAUUGGAGAAGGAAAAACGUACUGCCCGCCUAAAACGAUUGGAAGAUAUGGUGGAUUCUUGAUCAUUUGAUUUAGAUUAGAUUAUUUUAUAUAUAUAUGUGUGUCUUUUUAUUGUUGUACAUAUUUAUUUAUUAUUCAUCCAUUAUGUACAAAUAAAUCAUCAAUUCAUGUAAUAUAUAUAUUUAUGAUUUUUUUUUUUUUAAAAAAAAAGAU